AUGAAGUACGUGAUGUUUCUGCACACUGAAGGCGAGAAGACCAAAGCUAGAAAACUAAGAGAUUACUUGCAGGGAAGGCUGCGGAACAUAGCAGAUUUGAGAACUAUCGCCCAAAUAUCAGCUGAGGAACAAGAUUUCAGAUGUGACCUUCGCUACCAUGGGGACUGCUUCGUUUUGGUUGGAUCACGCCACGCCUCUUCCCUGAUCAAAGGCAAACAACAAGAGGCCGACGACGACUUUCUUACUUUUGAUGGAAAGGUAAUACACGAAGAGUUCUCAGGAAACAGAGAAUUUAUUGACAAACUGAUAAUUGUAUACUUGACAACGGAAAGAGCCAACGAUGACUGGAUCCCAGAUGGUCUCGAUGAAAAGAAAAUCUUUAAUCUGCAAGGCGAAAAAAUUGUGGAAAGUCCCUUGCUGUACCAGCUUGAGUAUUCAAUAAGGAAAAUAUUGCUUGGAGACUCCUUUAUGAUGUAG